AUGUUAAUGUCUCCGCCAUCAGUGCGUUCAACGACCACAUCCACCACAACGAGUACGACGACUGCAAAACCAGUCAUUCAGAGCUCAACCACUCGUGCGGUGAGAAUAUGGACUCUGGAGCCGCCCGUCAAUGUGAGCUCAAACCGGGCCCCACCGCUGCUCGACACGAGUGCCCCCAAACGCCACCACAAGAACACAUGGUAUGAGACGUCGCUCUCCAACAACUCCAAUGUCUACUCCACGACCAGACCAUCGCUGAUGGCAUCGUAUCCGAUGUCAUCCAAGUCGCCAGCAAUACAGGCCUCAACAGCUCAAACCCCGUACUGGUGGAGACCGCACUUCACCCGAAUGCCAGCCAUUAAGCAUAUAUACGACCCCUCGAGACCCGCAGAUCAGGGCUACCCCUCCAAGAAGAAAGGUAUUGGGGAUUGGGAUAGAGCUGUAAAAAGGGGGCCGAUAUGUGGCCUAAAAGCAAAGCCUAAAACAUUCAAUUUAACAAAACUAAUGUGUAAGAAGAAGGUAUCAGUUAUGGCCAGAAGGGACACAACACUCACUAGUGUUGCACUGGAAGGCCAGACGUCAGCGAUAAGCGUCCGAACGAUACCCGAGAAAAAAGUGAUGGACUUAAUAGUGGCGGUGCUCUCAUGUGGUCACCAAUCACUACAUUAACGCUUAUAAUUACAAUCAAUUUAAUGCUUUCGUGGAUCAGAAUAUAAGCACAACUCAAGAACCGAUUGUUUUGUUUAUUUAGGAUUUAAGACUUCUAACUAAACAAUGUUUUAUUCGUCACUUUUAUUCAUCAUUUGUGCCAAAAAUUAUAAUGACAUGAAAAUGUGUGGACAAUAAAUACACAGAUCGUGCGGACACUGAAAACAGAUUUUAUAUAAAUGAAUGCAAUGAAGAAUUGUUGCGAAACUUCUCAAGAGUUUGACAAUUCUGACGGCAUUUCGAGAGAUGUGUUGUAAAACAAAACAACAAAAUGUGUGCCUUUUCUUGAGGUGCGAUCAAAACAAUUAUCCGAAAAUAUAAGAAAAUUUAUGAUUAAUUGUAAAUAAAUGACUCGAUUUUGUCUCUCAUAACGUUAUGCGAGAGAAAAAAGUGUUAAUAAAUAAUAAAAUAUAAUUAUAAUAACACUUAAUCUGUUGGAAAUCAAGUCUUUAUUAAAGGCGAGAGAAAGGAUUGAUGUGUUUAUUGUGAACCAAAUAUACUUAAAUGGAAGUGAAAAAAGCCAUACUUUGAUUGCAAAGUAAAUCAUUAAAUGUGUUGUCGAUGUGAUCACACCAUUCGCACCCGUUCUUCACUCAUUGGAUCUGAUUUUUGUUGUUUUUAAUAAUAACUAUUGUUUUAAAUUUGUUUUUUAUGUUUUAGUUUUUGAAAACAUUUUAAACAAUACCCACAACCCAUUUAUUGCCAUAUUUUACUCGUAAUGUUUGGCCAAAUAUAAUAACAGCAUUAAUUCAAACAAAUUUGCCACCAAAA